CACACGGUGUAAUAGCAGGGCCGAGUUAUAUAGUUUUUCCUUCAUCAUAUGUCUUUUCAAAAAUCGAAUGGCUGAUAACUUUGAAGACAGUUCUUCCAUUUCUGCUACUUUUGCGAUAAUUGGAGGAGGUAUUGCGGGAAUAUCCUGUGCUGAACAACUGGCUACAGAAGAUCCAUCUUCAGAUAUCAUCUUGGUUUCUGCCUCGCCACUUAUUAAAGCUGUGAAGAACUUGAAAAAGUUAUCUGAAAGAUUGGAUGAUUUUGAUGUUGCAGAAGAAUCUUCCACAACCCUUCAAAAUCGUUUUCCAAACUGUAAAGUGAUAACAGCAUUUGCAGUUGAAAUCAAAGCAGAAAAACAUAAAGUUAUUCUUUCUAAUGGUACUACUGUGCUAUAUAAAGCUUUGUGUAUUUGCUCAGGUGCUGUUCCAAAGGUGAUUUAUGAGAACUCUCAACAUGUUAUUGGUCUUAGAGACAUUGAAACUAUUAAGAUUUUCCAAGAAAAAAUAUCUGAUGCUAAGCGUGUGCUUGUUGUUGGAAAUGGAGGCAUUGCAAUUGAGCUUGUAUAUGAAAUAGAAAAUUGUCAAGUGAUAUGGGCAAUUAAAGAUAAAUGUGUUGGUGCUACUUUCUUUGAUGCUGGAGCUGCACAUUUUUUUCUUCCUUGUCUGAAAGAAACUAAACAAGAAGAUGAUGUACCAUGCAAAAGGAUGAAAUAUAACUUAGAAGGUGACUCAUUAGCUGAACCAGGAAUGGGAAGUGCCCUUGGACCUGAUUGGUCAGAUAAAGUCAAUAUGAAGGGAAAGCAAAGGGAUUCCCGCAACGUGCAUGUAGAAUAUGAAUGUGAAGUAAAAGCUUUGUAUGAAAGAAAUGAAUUUAUUAAAUCAGGACUGAAAGAGAACUUUUCUGUUUCUUCUGAAAGUACAGAAACGUGGCCUGCUUAUGUCAAAUUAACUAAUGGUGUAGUGCUAGGGUGUGAUUUUGUUGUUAGUGCAACUGGUGUUGUCCCUAACACAGAUGCAUUAAAAUUUGACAUGGAGAUUUUGAAAGCUGAAGAUGGUGGCCUUAUGGUAAAUGAUCAAAUGCAAACGUCUUUAAAAGAUAUAUAUGCUGCUGGAGAUGUGUGUACAGCAUCAUGGUCAUUAUCGGAACACUGGUUUCAGAUGCGCCUGUGGACCCAAGCUCGACAGAUGGGAGCAUAUGCAGGAAAGAGUAUGUUAUCUAAUCUACAAGGGCAGAAAAUUCUAACAGAUAUUUGCUUUGACCUUUUCACCCAUGUAACAAAGUUUUUUGGAUAUAAGAAUAUUCUCUGCGAAGGACAGGUUUGCCAGAGCAGCAGAAGACAAUAGGAACACUUCGCUACUUUGUGUUUUAGAAGCCAACCCUGAAACAAAAUAACGAGUGGCAUGAUGCGAUUGUUUAAUUAUGUAAUAUGUUCAUCUUCCAUUUAUUAUUCCAAUCCGUAACUGACUAUUAUUUUGUUAGUCCUUUCCUAACUGGUAUCAGUCAAUGGCGCAACCAGAUUUUUUCCGGCGGGGGGAGGAAGCAAGGGUUCGAUCAUUAGGUUUUUACCAUAUUCUAGGAUUGGCAAUAUUGUUUCAUGAUGUUUGAGGCAAGGUGUUGUGCCCUGAUCUCAGUGUUGACAUUAUAAUAAAAAUUUUAAAAUAUUUUUUCAGUGAAAUUUUGAUUCCAUUUGCAUCAAAAAAAAAAAAUCAAAGCAUAUUUUCAGGAGAGGUAACUGAAGUUUCCAAUAGAAGUUGAAAAAGUUUUCCUCCAAAAAAAUUUCGGAAUUUAAAUUUUAAAACCGCAGUUGUAUGCCAUCUUUGACAACUUUAGGAGAAGGUGUGAAAAUCAGAAUUCUACACUGUAGGAUACACGAUUCGGAAUCACGUAGCAUUGGUUUGCAGGGUGGGAAAGCUCCAUUCAAGGACGUAUACAGUUCAGCAUGGAAGAGGGGCAGGCCCAGAGAUGCCCUGAUGGGAAGUGGCGGGAGGUCACUGUGACUUCCCAAAAAUUUUCUUAUUCACCAAAUUGUUUGUGACGAUUCGGCAAAAAUAUCAUCAUUCAGCAAAAGUUGGAGUUCUAUUCGGCAAAGUGAGAG